CCCUCCCCCCGGGGGCUCGGGCGGGAUGUUGCGGUGGAUCCGGCAGCAGCUGGGCUUUGACCCACCACAUCAAAGUGACACAAGAACUAUCUACAUAGCAAAUCGAUUUCCUCAGUACAGCCAUUACGUUCCACAGAAAUUUGCAGAUAACAGAAUCAUAUCAUCUAAGUAUACUGUGUGGAAUUUUGUUCCCAAAAAUUUGUUUGAACAGUUCAGAAGAGUAGCAAAUUUUUAUUUUCUUAUUAUAUUUUUGGUUCAGCUUAUGAUCGAUACUCCUACCAGUCCUGUUACUAGUGGGCUUCCAUUAUUCUUUGUGAUAACUGUAACAGCCAUAAAGCAGGGAUAUGAAGACUGGUUAAGGCACAAAGCGGACAACGAAGUAAACGGAGCUCCGGUUUAUGUUGUUCGGAGCGGUGGCCUGGUCAAAACUAGAUCAAAAAACAUAAGGGUGGGUGAUAUUGUCAGGGUAGCCAAAGAUGAAACUUUCCCUGCCGAUCUGGUGCUUCUAUCUUCAGAUAGAGUGGAUGGCACAUGUCAUGUUACUACUGCCAGCUUGGACGGAGAAACUAACCUUAAGACACAUAUUGCGGUUCCGGAAACGGCGGUAUUACAGACAGUUGCCAACUUGGAUACUCUUAUAGCUGUAAUAGAAUGUCAGCAACCAGAAGCGGAUUUAUACAGGUUUGUUGGAAGAAUAACAGUGAACCACCAAAUGGAAGAAAUUGUAAGACCACUGGGUCCUGAAAGUCUCUUGCUUCGCGGAGCCAGAUUAAAAAACACCAGAGAAAUUUUUGGUGUUGCUGUAUAUACAGGUAUGGAAACGAAGAUGGCAUUAAAUUAUAAGAGCAAAUCACAGAAGCGAUCAGCAGUGGAGAAGUCCAUGAAUUCCUUUUUGAUCGUUUACCUAAUAAUCCUCCUUUUUGAAGCCAUCCUCAGUACUAUUCUGAAGUAUGCCUGGCAAAUGGAAGAAAAAUGGGAUGAACCUUGGUAUAACCAGAGAACAGAGCACGAAAGGAACAGCAGUAAGAUUCUGAGAUUUAUUUCAGACUUCCUUGCUUUUCUGGUUCUCUACAAUUUUAUCAUCCCAAUUUCCCUGUAUGUGACAGUCGAGAUGCAGAAAUUUCUUGGAUCCUUUUUUAUCGGGUGGGAUCUUGAUCUGUAUCACGAAGAAACAGAUCAGCGAGCGCAAGUCAAUACUUCAGAUCUGAACGAGGAACUGGGGCAGGUGGAAUACGUGUUUACAGAUAAAACUGGGACAUUAACCGAAAACGAAAUGCAGUUUCGGGAAUGUUCGAUUAAUGGAAUUAAGUACCAUGAAAUUAAUGGCAGCCUUGUACCAGAAGGACUUACAGCAGAUUCUCCAGAUGGAAUCAGACCAAGACUUAUCAAAGAAGAGGAACUCUUCAUGAAAGCAGUCUCUCUCUGUCAUACGGUACAAAUCAGCGCUGAUCAAACGGACAGCCUUGGAGAGAGUUCCUGGUGUGCCAAUGGACUAUCAUCUCAAUUGGAAUAUUACGCUUCCUCCCCAGAUGAAAAGGCUUUAGUUGAAGCAGCUAGGAGAGUUGGUGUUAUGUUUACUGGCACUAAUGGAGAAGUUAUGGAAAUUAAAAGUCUUGGAAUACCUGAAAGAUACAAAUUGCUUCACGUUCUGGAGUUCGAUGCGGAUCGAAGGCGAAUGAGUGUGAUUGUAGAGUCCCCUUCCCAUGAGAAGCUUUUGUUCACUAAAGGAGCUGAAUCUUCCAUUCUUCCUUACAGCACGAGGGGAGAAAUAGACAAAACGAGGACUCAUGUUGAUGAAUUUGCUUUGAGAGGACUGAGAACUCUGUGUGUGGCCUACAGGCGAUUCACAGCCGCGGAAUAUCUUGAAAUCGAUAAACGCCUAAUGGAAGCCAGAACUGCCUUACAACAGCGAGAACAGAAAUUAGCAGAUGUAUUCAAUUUCAUUGAGAACGACCUGGAAUUACUUGGGGCUACAGGAGUGGAAGACAGGCUUCAGGAUAAAGUCCAAGAAACUAUUGAAGCCUUGCGCCUGGCCGGAAUCAAGAUAUGGGUCCUGACCGGCGAUAAGCAUGAAACGGCCGUCAGCGUGAGCUUGUCCUGCGGACACUUUCACAGAGCCAUGAACAUCCUUGAACUUACGCAGCAGAAAUCGGACAGCGCCUGCGCGGAAAAGCUGAGGCAGCUGGCCAAAAGGAUACAGGAGGAUCAUGUGAUUCAGCAUGGACUGGUUGUGGAUGGGACCAGCCUCUCUCUCGCACUCAGGGAACACGAGAAAUUAUUUAUGGAAGUCUGCAGGAAUUGUUCUGCUGUGUUAUGCUGUCGUAUGGCUCCUCUUCAAAAAGCUAAAGUUGUGCGACUGAUAAAAACCUCUCCAGAGAAACCAAUAACAUUAGCCAUUGGUGAUGGAGCUAAUGAUGUAAGCAUGAUACAAGAGGCACACGUUGGCAUCGGAAUCAUGGGGAAAGAAGGAAGGCAAGCCGUAAGAAACAGCGACUAUGCAAUAGCAAGAUUUAAAUUCCUUUCCAAGUUGCUUUUUGUCCAUGGCCAUUUUUACUAUAUUAGGGUAGCAACCCUUGUACAGUACUUUUUUUAUAAGAAUGUGUGUUUUAUUACACCGCAGUUUUUAUAUCAGUUCUUUUGUUUGUUUUCACAACAAACAUUAUACGACAGUGUGUACCUGACUUUGUACAAUAUUUGUUUUACUUCGUUACCUAUAUUGAUGUACAGUCUCUUUGAACAGCACGUACACCCUCACGUGUUACAGAGCAAGCCCACUCUCUAUCGAGACAUAAGUAAAAAUUCCCAUCUGGGUAUUAGAACAUUUCUUUAUUGGACUCUACUAGGUUUCAGCCAUGCCUUCAUUUUCUUUUUUGGCUCCUACCUGCUAAUGGGAGAAGACACAUCUCUUUUGGGAAAUGGCCAGAUGUUUGGAAACUGGACAUUUGGCACUUUGGUCUUCACAGUGAUGGUUAUUACAGUCACAGUAAAGAUUGCUUUGGAGACUCAUUUCUGGACCUGGAUAAACCACUUUGUUACUUGGGGUUCCAUCGUAUUCUACUUUAUAUUCUCCUUGUUUUAUGGGGGAAUUAUCUGGCCAUUUUUGCAGACCCAGGACAUGUACUUCGUAUUCGUUCAGCUUCUCUCCAGUGGCUCUGCUUGGUUUGCCAUAAUCAUCAUAGUCGUUAUUUGUCUAUUUCUUGACAUUGUGAAGAAAGUGCUUUAUAGACAUCUUCAGCCUACGAGUACUGAAAAGGCCCAGCUCUCUGAAACAAAUGCAAGUAUCAACUGCCUGGAUUCCAUGUGCUGUUUCUCGGAAGGGGAAACGGCAUGCGCAUCUCUCGGAAGAACGCUGGGGCGAGUGAUGAGAAGAUGUAGUCCGGCCCGUGUCAACAGAUCCUGGAGUGCAUCGGAUCCCUUCUAUACCAACGACCGAAGCAUCUUGACUCUCUCCACAAUGGAUUCACCUACUUGUUAAAGAGACUCUAAUAGGGUGCGGGGCCCUUUGGUCCCUUAUCCUAGGUUUCGAACAAGCUCAGUGUCACUUUCCCAAGGAAGCGUGCCAGUCGAUAAAAACAUCUCCUGAAACUUUUGUAGAUUUCAGCAAAACGGCAAUUCACAAAACUCCAUAGCGGUUAAAUACUGUGCGGUUGCUUCCGUCUUAUUUUUUCCACCCUAACCCCUCUCAUGAGUCAGUAAAUUCUGCCAAUUUCCUUGUGAGAUAUCCCACAGGUUGCUGGGGUCCUGAAAGGCAGUUUAGUUUGUCAUUGCAGCUAUAUUUUGGAUGUCAAGAAGAGGUACUUCUGUUUACGUGUUUGUUUUUUCCGGUAUUUAAAUCUGCUUCGGUACAAUUUCGGUUGAAAUGCUGUACUUUGAAAAAUAUUUCAUCAUUUAGACUCAAAGUUUAGUGCUGCUUCUUGUGGCUAAAUUUUAGCUAUGUACAAAUAAAAAAUAUAUAUGCUAACCAACGUUGAUGCCCCCACAGUAAGACACUUUUAAAAAGUUAAUUUUGUUGGAAACUUUUAAAGAAAUGAAAACCCAUUCAGCUCAAUAUUGCCCAGAUCGUGGAGCUAUGUAAAACGUCUAAACUGGCAGCCAAAAACAGUAAAGCCAAUCCUCUUUCCUUCAAAUAGCAUGCACUUAUUCCUUCCCGAUUUCUUCAUAAAAAUGAAUAGUCAUCUUUCAGGAGGAUUUGAAGAAACGACUUAAUUUGUGGAUUAGGGUUUCUGCUAGUGCGAUUUUUAAUCUUUUAACAUUAAUAGGGUUUUUCCCCAUUUAUUCCAGGUUAAUGUAUUUAUAUUUGGCCUUUAUGUAUCUUCAAUUAGGAACAGAAUUAUUUUUCUUGGGUCUUCCUUAAUCUCUCAAGUCUCUGUUGGCAUUUUGUUUGAUAACACUGUAAAGUACAAAUGUCAAAGACAAAUGAGUUGGAACAGUAUCGUAUCUUAAAAAUUUGCCCUUAUACAGAUGAAAGUGUAAGGAGUAUAGAGUGGAUCAAAAUUGAGCCACAAGGUGUAAAAGAAGGGGCCAUUUCUCUGGCUAACUGAAAGCCUGGAAUUUCCUAGAGUCAUCUUUGGCUUUGAGUUCUUUACGUUCAUAUGUUUGGUCAAUUAGAAUUCAAUCAAUUCAAUCUCAGUCUGUGUGACAGUUAAAUCCAUUGUCCACUUGAUGCAGAUUAACACCAAACUUCGUUAUGAUGCACAAUCUCCCUUGCAUUAAAGGGCUUUUUAACCAGAAAUGGCCAAAGGAAAAUGAAAUCUGUCAUCUUUUCCUUCAUAAGUGUCUUUUCAGGCCGCUCUGAAAGGGAAGAUACUUUGAAAGGAAAAAAAAUAUUUCCAGGAAGCUCUCAAAACAUGCUUGAAGAGGAAAAUACUGACUUUGUAAUGUUUUCGAGACUUUUAGUUCUGUUUAUGUAGUUUACUAUUUAAAUUUGGUUGCCAUUUAUUUUUAUUAAUUUCAGGAGAGGCAGUGUCGUGUUUUGAAACCUGAAAAGGAUCGUUACCUUAGGAAAUCUUCUUAGGGCAUAAAUAUGAAAUUUUUAUAAAUGCAGGUUGAGUGUAUGCGCACCAAAGAUUGUUAUAGAUUUGCUUUCCUUAUAUUUGGGGAUUCAGUGUCCCCUUUUCCUCCCACUUAUGUAAAGCUCUUGGAAACCAGCAGGAAUUAAAGACUUACCUUGGUACUGGUAAACUGUUCCCUUCUUGGUACUUUAAUACUGUGUGUUUUUCAGUAAUGCAAGAACACUGUAGUCUGAAUAUUAGCCUAAUAAUUCAACUUACUUCAUAUCAGGUUUUUGGAACUGGUUUUUUUGUUGUUUUUUGAAAUAAGGGCAUUUAAACUGCGUAGGGAAGACUACAGCAGGCAAAAUUUUAAUUCCUUAGAGAAUACAAAGGCAGCACCAUAGGUACGUGGUGGGUUCUUGGAAUCCCUUUUGUUUGAGCCAUGCACUCUGACAAGGACCAGCAAUCAUUAAGUUGUUAUCUGUCAUGGCAUGUUUGGGUUGGAAAGUCUAGGAUAGCGUUCAUUUAAUAGCUUAGGGAAGAAGGGGGCUCAUCCAUCUUUUGAAAUACUUUAAAGCUUUUCCACACUUUUCUCCCUGUAGCUGUCAUCCUUCAACUUCGCAUCACACUGUCGUGUAGCUGGCAUUCAUUCUGAUUGUGUUGGUACAGAACCCCUAUCCCAAAUAAAGGGAGUUGGAAGAGGGAUUUUUCUUUUAAUUUAAGAAAAUUAAGUAUGCACUUUACUGAAGAUGUAAUGCAAACUUCGUUUUGUAUACAACUGUUAAAAUGUAUUUUCUAAAGGCGGACGUCACGCAGGGCGAAACCAUUGUUAUAGAGCCAGUGCUAUUUGUACACGUUUCUGCUAAUUCCAAUACAUUCCGAAAUUCCGUAUAAAAUGUUGCAUUCAAAAGUUUAAGGAAAAAAAGGAAUAUAAAAUAAAAAUCAACCUCUUUCCAUGUUGCUCAAUAGGCUGUUAGAAUAAGCAUUUUUAUCUAGUACCUGAAGGUAGGAAAAUGCCAACAGCAGCCAGCCUUUGUGUCCAGAAUUGUGGACUCUGUUUUGGACUUCGUGUUAUCUAAUAAGCAAGUAAGCAACACCACAAAGCUAAUGUGAAUACUUUUAAAUACGACCCAUUCAUAAAAAAUCUUGUGUGCGUUUUGGCUAAAUCAUCUAGGGAUUAUUCUUCCGAUGGAACAACUGUACACCUGUGCAGCUCCAGGCCAGACACACAUUUUAUAUACCAAGUUUCUUAAGGCAGGGUGUGUCAGGAAUGUCAUCUUUGGGAUACGGGAGAGCGAAUGUGUUCCAAAUUCAUACAGACACUCCAGGUUUUUUUUGUUGUUAGGUCCUGUGACUUGUUACAUAUUCAGGAACAGAAGGAGAAAUUGACAAAGAUCAGUUUCAGGUAUGAAUUAGAAAGAAAGAGCAAGAAAACCGACACCAAAGAGUUUGAAAACAUGCAUAAUUAUAGUCCCAACGCUAUAGUUUAUUUUCAUCUUGGAAAACAACCCUAUUUUCAUAAGAAAGUCCUGAUCAAAAUGUGGUUUUAUUUUGGAAAAAACUUGAAUGAUAUUCCUACAAAAAAAAUAUGGAUUUUUACUAUAUUAGUUGUACUGAAGCUUUUGCAGUCGGAAAUGCCAUAGCAAUAAUUAGUUCUAAAUUUUGGACCUCAGACACUGUGGCUGCCUAAUGUAUACUUUUUAAAUUUAUAUUGUUAAUGCAGUGUGCUUGUUGUUCAGCUGUUGGUAAUUUUUUAAAAGUUUAUGGAAAGUAUAUUUAUUGAAUAAAAGUUUCCCUUAGUUA